GCUGUUUCUGGUCACAUGACCCGGAAAAUGUGGGGCUUAAUUCCUGUGUUGGACUGCUCCCAGCUGCUCAGCCUCUGCCCUGCGCAGUGUAAACCCUCCGUCCGCCUCAUCACGACCCUCGCACCGCUGCUAGACUCUCCUCAUCACACCAUGUCCGACCAAGCUUUUGUGACGCUGGCCACAAACGACAGCUACGCCAAGGGAGCGAUGGUUCUCGGCCAGUCGUUACGAAACCACAACACCACCAGGAAACUGGUCGCACUCAUAGGACCUCAUGUUGCAGAACCUUGCAGAGAUGCACUACGCUCCAUUUUUGACGAGGUGCGAGUGGUGGACAUCAUGGACUCGGGCGAUGCGGCUCAUCUGUCCCUGAUGAAGCGUCCGGACUUGGGGGUAACGUUCACCAAACUUCACUGCUGGACUCUCACACACUACAGCAAGUGUGUGUUCCUGGACGCCGACACACUGGUGCUGUCAAAUAUAGAUGAGCUCUUUGAGAGAGAGGAACUAUCUGCAGCGCCGGAUCCCGGUUGGCCAGACUGUUUCAACUCAGGGGUGUUUGUCUUCAGACCGUCCAAUGAGACGCACGAGAAGCUGCUCACGUUCUGCGGCGAAAACGGCAGCUUCGACGGUGGAGAUCAGGGGGUUCUCAACAGUUUCUUUAACACCUGGGCGACGGCGGAUAUUUCCAAACACCUUCCCUUCAUCUACAACCUCAGCAGUAUCGCCAUCUACUCCUACCUGCCAGCGUUCAAACAGUACGGCCACGACGCCAAGGUGGUGCACUUCCUGGGAAAGGUGAAGCCAUGGAGCUACUCCUACGACGAUCAGAGGGACGAAGUCAAAGGUCACUCCCUGUCCCCUGACCAGUGCCAUCUGCACCCGGACUACCUGCUCCUGUGGUGGCAGCUAUACGCCAAGUCGGUGAUGCCUUUACUGCAGCAGGCCUACGGGGACACUCCAUUCCACAGCGGCUUCGUGGAGGCGGGCACGGACGGUAAGCUUUAUGAGGAUGUGAGAGAGCACGCGCCGCCCUUCACUGCUCCUCGCCAGAAGGUUUCAUCACAGGAGAGGAAGCAGCGCUGGGAAGCGGGCCAGAUCGACUACCUGGGCGAAGACUCCUUCGCCAACAUCGAGCGAAAGCUUGACUCCUUCUUAAAGUAGCAGGCGGGCGAGGGAGGGAGGGAGCGCGACGGACAGAGAGAGCACCAGUUGAAGCUCUGUGGGGGUGGGGAUUUGAAGCACUGCUCAGCCAAUCACAGGGGCUUGAUUAGCAGGUGAAUGCAGCAUUCAGCCUCACUCUUUGCAUCCUGUCAGCGUGUGAAUGAAUGACAGAGAGUUGAAGUUUGACACAAAUCCCAUGCAGUCUUGCCACGCAUCUUUCCCCUUCAAAGGAAAAGUUUGACAUUUUGGGAAAUGCACUCAUUCGCUUUCUUGCCGAGAGUUAGACGAGAAGAUUGAUACCACACAUGGCUGGGCGGUAAAUGUGAAGCUACUGCUAGCAGCUUGCUAACGUAGCUUAGCAUUAAGACCGGAAACAGCUAGCCCCGUCUGUGACCUCAGCACUGUGUACGUUACUCCCUGAUUUGGUCACGUAGCGUUCUGUACAGAAACCUUAAAUAAUAAUUAGUGCCGUCAAUCGAUUAAAAUAUUUAAUCGUGAUUAAUCGCAUGAUUGCUAAUAGUUAAUUGCGAUUAGCACAUUUUUUUUUAUCUGUUCAGAAAUGUACUUUAAAAGGGAAAUUUUAGUAUACAUAUAUAUAUUUUAGGAGUAUUUAAUAUUCAAAUAUGCUUGCUUUAUGCAAAUGUAUGUGUAUAUUUAUUAUUGGAAAUUAUUUAACAAUGUGUUAACAGUGUAAUCAAUUUGCCAAAAAAGGGACAAAAGGGACAAAAUGCACUAUAAACAAAGUUAAAGAUGAAUUUCACUGAUAGCUUUUUUUUUUUAAUAUAUGUUAUAUACAUAGAUAUUGUAAUAAUAUCAUUAUCGUGAAUUAUUUUGGCCACGAUAAUGUUGUGAUUUUGUGAUAUUGCGACAGCCAGGCCAGCUGUUUCCAAUCUUAGCGCUAGACGUUAGCUUCAUUGCACAGACAAGAGUGGUACACCGUUAAUCUUCUCAUCCAACUCUCGGGAAAAAAAAAGCGAAUAAGCGUAAUUUCCAAAAUGGUGAGACGAUUCCUUCCUGUGUUCUUGUGUGCAUCUGAUGGAGAUGGAUUCACAGUCCUGAGUCUUCCUAACCUGUGGAAACUUUCAGCAACAACAGAAACUGAGAAAAAAUGACAAAUGUGCAAAGCCUACUGCUUAAAGGGAAAUCAAUACGUUUAAAAGUUGUUUCUGGAUUUUACCACAACUCCUAUCCUGCAAUAAGUCUCUCUAUAUUUAAACCACUUCAAAGCAGAUAUGCAGCAACUGGCUCACUUCCCUCUUGCUCUCCUGUUCAGCCAGUUCUGACAAUCUCGCUUUAAAUCAGACGGUGUUCACCUCACCAGAGUACAUGGGUUAACUUUCCUAUCUGUGCCUCUGACACUCACCAGCUCCCAGUGACUUCAGCUUUGUAACGUCUGGUGUUGUAUUAGGACAAAGGCCUGUCAUGUUGUAUUUGCAUGGCAGAGUUAAAAAAAAAAAAAGUGGGUCAGUAAUGAAGUACUUCCACCCACAUCCU